GCGCGGGGCCGCGGGCGCAGGUGGCCCGGCGCCCCGUGGACCCCCGGGGCCCUGGAGCUGCGGCGCUUGGCAGGUCGAUCGGGGAUCGAUAGCAGCUCCGGCAGCACCAUGUCUCGGGCAGCCGAGGCCCCGCCAGCCGGCCAGGCAGCUGUCCGAGGUGGCCAGGCGGGCGGCGCGGCGGCGGCGGCUGCGGGGCGCAGUAGCGGGUAGGGCUGGCGCGCGGCCAGGCGUCUCCCCGGCCCCCCGCCCUCUAGACCCAGCUCCAGCCGGGGCCGGAACAAGUUGCGCCGGCGGCGAAGAGCCAGGCUGCAGGACCACUUGGCCCGCCAUGCCGGCGGUCAAGAAGGAGCUCCCGGGUCGCGAAGACCUGGCCCUGGCUCUAGCUACCUUCCACCCGACGCUAGCCGCGCUGCCACUGCCACCGCUGCCCGGCUAUCUGACGCCACUGCCCGCCGCGGCCGCCCUGCCCCCGGCCGCCUCGCUACCCGCCGCGACCGCCGGCUAUGAGGCACUGUUGGUUCCGCCACUCCGCGCCCCGCGCGCCUACCUGAGCCUGCACGAGGCCGCCCCGCACCUCCACCUGCCCCGGGACCCUCUGGCCCUCGAGCGCUUCUCGGCCACUGCGGCCGCGGCACCGGAUUUCCAGCCGCUGCUGGACAACGGCGAGCCGUGCAUCGAGGUGGAGUGCGGCGCCAAUCGCGCGCUGCUCUACGUGCGCAGACUCUGCCAGGGCAGCAAGGGUCCUUCCAUCCGCCACCGCGGCGAGUGGCUCACGCCCAACGAGUUCCAGUUCGUCAGCGGCCGCGAGACGGCCAAGGACUGGAAGCGCAGCAUCCGCCACAAAGGGAAAAGUCUGAAGACGCUUAUGUCCAAGGGGAUUCUGCAGGUGCACCCUCCGAUCUGCGACUGUCCGGGCUGUCGAAUAUCCUCCCCGGUGAACCGGGGUCGGCUAGCAGACAAGAGGACAGUUGCCCCACCCCCCGUGCGGGUCCUAAAGAAGGAGCUGACCCCUAGCUUCUCAGCCAGUGAUGGUGACAGCGGCGGGAGUGGCCCGGCCUGUGGGCAGCGGCCGGGCUUGAAGCAGGAGGAUGACCCACAUGUCCGUAUCAUGAAGAGGAGAGUCCACACCCACUGGGACGUGAACAUCUCCUUCCGAGAGACGUCCUGCAGCCAGGACAGCGACCUUUCCACCCUCAUAUCCAGCGUGCAUCGCAGCCGCCACCUCGUUAUGCCCGAGCAUCAGAGCCGCUGUGAAUUCCCGAGAGGUGGCGUGGAGAUCGGCCUGGGAGCUGCAGGUGACUUGCUGGGCAAGAGGCUGGGCUGCGCCCCCCACAUCAGCAGUGACUGCCCUCUGGAGAAGAAGGCCCGAAGCAAGUCCCCCCAAGAGACUCUGCUGCUGCCGGAACUAGGGCCCAGCAUGGCCCCUGAGGACCACUACCGCCGGCUCGUGUCCGCCCUGAGUGAGGCCGGCACCUUUGAGGACCCCCAGCGUCUCUACCACCUGGGCCUCCCCAGCCAUGAUCUUCUGAGGGUCCGGCAGGAGGUGGCAGCAGCAGCUGUGAGGAGCACUAGUGGCCUGGAAGUCCACCUGCCCUCAUCCACAGCAGGUCAGCGUCGGAAGCAGGCCCUGGCUCAGCACCGAGAGGGUACCACCCCCGCUGGCACCCCAUCCUUCUCAGAGAGGGAGCUGUCGCAGCCGCCUCCCCUGCUGUCACCCCAGAAUGCCCCGCACAUCGCCUUGGGCCCCCACCUCAGGCCCCCCUUUUUGGGGGUGCCCUCAGCUCUAUGCCAGACCCCAGGUUACGGCUUCCUGCCCCCUGCCCAGGCGGAAAUGCUCGCUCGGCAGCAGGAGCUCCUGCGCAAGCAGAACCUGGCCCGGCUGGAGAUGUCGGCAGAGCUGCUGCGUCAGAAGGAGCUGGAGAGUGCUCACCGGCCGCAGCUGCUGGCGCCCGAAGCCUCACUGCGCCCACCCGAAGGCACCGAGGAGCUGCAGCGGCGCGGGGCCAUGCUGGUGCUGAGACACAGCUCUGCGCCGCUGCUGACUCUUCCCCCCCAGGGACCCCCAGGCCCCAGCCCCCCUACCCCACCUCGGGAACUGGCCCGCCGGGCGCCUCGAAAGGGGGGCCCCAGCCUUCCCUCAGCCCGGCCCAGUGAAUCCAAGGAGACCACUGGGACUGGGCUUUGGGCACCAGAUGGCUCUGAAGAUGAGCCCCCCAAGGACUCAGACGGAGAAGACCCUGAGAUGGUGGCUGCUGGGGGCCGGGGACCCACCCCAGGCCAAGCCCCAACUGGAGGGGCCAGCGCCGAGGGCAAGGGGCUUCUCUCAGGGUCCAUGCUGCCCCCUCCACUGCCCCUGGGCUUACCCUACGCCAUCAGCCCCUACCUCCACACAGGCACCGUGGGGGGCCUCCUCAUGGAUGGGGAGGAGGCCGCAGCCCUGGAGGAUGUCAGCAAGUGGACAGUGGAGGACGUCUGCAGCUUUGUGGGGGGCCUGUCUGGCUGUGGAGAAUACGCACCGGUCUUUAGAGAACAGGGGAUCGACGGGGAGACCUUGCCCCUGCUGACCGAGGAGCAUCUCCUGACCACCAUGGGGCUGAAGCUAGGGCCUGCUCUCAAGAUCCGGGCCCAGGUGGCUAAGCGCCUGGGCCGCGUCUUCUACAUGGCCAGCUUCCCAGUGGCUUUGCCGCUGCAGCCACCCACACUGCGGGCCCCGGAGCAGGAGCUCACCCCAGGGGAGCAGACCCUGUCCCCAGCAAUGGUCCCCUCUCCUUAUGGGGGCGGGCAUUCCCCUGCGGGCCGAGCCUCCCCCAAGCAAGAGAACGGAACCAUGGCUCUGCUCCCAGGGCCUACAGACCCCUCCCAGCCUCUGUGCUGAGUAGAGUGAGGGGUGGAUACUCAGAUCCCCUGGCUCUUCAGUGCCAGGCACUCCAGCUGCAAAGGCCCCUCCCUCCACAGCUUAUUUUCUUUUUGGUUUUGGAUGCAAAAACACAAAGAAUUUUUACAAGGAAAACUUGAGCCUUAAGAGGAAAGGAACGAGUUUCCAAAGACUUUCUGGGGGUGACUGUAGAGCGCAGUGCAAACGGCCUGGGGACCCGAACCUGGGCAGCUGCAGACAGACCAAAGACAAAAGAGGCAGCAGAGGCACGUCACGCCAUGUGGGCUGGGCCGGGCCCGCUGGCUCCUGCUGAGACCAGGACUGCUCCGCGAAGUUUUCCGCAUCCUGACAUCAGGCAGGAGAUCACCAGCUUCCCUCAUGGGGUUGACAACAGUAUCUCAGCC